ACCAUUGCGAAAGGAGCAUCCAUCAUCAGUUGCACAGCAAUCAGCAAAGCUACAACACCUCGAAAAAUCACUCGAAUCAGCAACAGCCAUGGCCACCACCUACAUUUCCACGCAAUUCCUGAGCCUCAACGAGAAGUCACCGACCUCCACGACGACCUUUACCCUGGAUGCUGCCCACUUUGGCCAGCGGGAUCUGAACCUCUUCAUCGAGAGCCUGGAGACCAUCUCCCGCCUGGAGAAGGAGCGACAUGAGCGCCGCCAGCGGAGGCGCCAGCUGAAGCUGCAGCAGGCACGCAUCGCCGAGCUGGAGGACGAGCGGUGUGUGAGUCCCACGCCCAGCACGGAGGAGGCCGUCGAUGAGCCACUAAUGUACAUGGAGGCCAAGUGCAUACCCUAUGCGGUGUCCGAGGCAGUGCCCACGGCCCACAAAGGCAGCCACCUGAACCCCGACUAUUACUCCUGCGACGAUGAGGCGUACGGCAGUGCUGCCCAUUCGCCAAGGAGCAGUGUGACCUACUGCUCCUGCGGAGGACUCUCCAGCAUCAACUCCGGAUCCUCAGAGUCUGGCAUCUACGGCGCCGUCUCCUCGUCGCCGCCGCCGCUGCGUCCACGCUCCCAGGUGAUCACACAGCCCAAUCACCGAUCCACUCGCUCCCGCAUCAUCAGCAUGGUCCUCAAGCGGGAAUACGUGAAGGCCCCAUCCGCCGAGGACCUAGAGCAGAAGGAGCGCUGCGAUCGGCUGCUCAAUGAAACCAUCCAGCACCAGUACACCCAGCUGUCCAGCAAGUCCCGACGUGCCAUUGCCUGCAACGAGGGCUCCGCCGAGGAGCGCUUCCUGGACAAGGCACUGCGCUACCUGACCUUGUGAUUGUGAUUUUGGUAUCAGAAAUCAGCUCUAUGCCCAUAGUUUUUCAUACCCCUAGCCUAAGCCUUAGAUUUUGUUUGUAAAACAUUUAAAUAAUUACCAAUUGAGAAAAGAAUUUCACUUGAAAAGGGGUUUUUAAUGGAACUUUGCGAGAUUUUCUAUUCCUGAAGAUGGUUUGAAGUUUGAACUUAAAGAAAUUCAAUUGAAAAAGUACAAAUGGACAAAAAAUUCAGAUGAUUCAAGAUCAUGGGAGUUUAGCGACUCCAAAUCCCAAUUUGUGGGAUCAACAUCCUCCUAUUUAAGACACAUACGGAAUUGAUUAUACAGUACGUUGCAGUUGAAUAUGUAUUUGAUUCUUUAUAUAUAAAGCAAGUUAACCUA